UGAAUAACGUCAUUUCCUUUGUUGGCCUUGUCGGUGGCGGGAGAUUGCAGCAUGGCGGUGCAACCGAAGCAGAACCUGUCUAUGGACAGUGUAUCCGAACAUGGCUUUCUUAAAUUCUUUUUCUCUAUGCCGGACAAACCAGACACUACGUUUCGGAUAUUCGAUCGGAAUGACUACUACACAGUGCACGGGAAAGACGCUACAUUUGCUGCUAAAGAGGUUUUUAAGACGAAUGGGGUCAUCAAAUAUCUGGGUUCUGGAAGCCGCAAGUUGGAGAGUGUUGUUCUGAGCAAGCUCAAUUUCGAGGCCUUCGUGAGAGACUUGCUGCUCGUUCGUCAGUACAGAGUGGAGGUUUACAAAAACCAUGGCAAGACCAACAGAGACCACGACUGGCAGAUAGAGUUCAAGGCAUCCCCAGGGAACCUGACCCAGUUUGAAGAGAUUUUGUUCGGAGGAGGGGCCGGGGGAGAAGGGUGUGCUGGAGUGGUGGGGGUACGGUUGGCUGUUGGGGGGGAUGGGCAGCGCGUGGUGGGCGUGGGCUACGUGGACGCAGCCCUGAGGACCAUGGGAGUGUGUGAGUUUCCCGACAACGAGACGUUCUCCAACCUGGAGUCUCUCCUGGUCCAGAUCAGCCCCAAGGAGUGUCUGCUACCCCAAGGAGACAACAGCAGUGACACGGCCAAGCUACGCGAGGUGGUGCAGCGCGGAGGGGUGCUGCUGUCGGACAGGAAGAGAGCAGAGUUCAACAGUAAGGACGUGGUGCAGGAUCUCAACAGGCUGCUCCGAGCCAAGAGAGGAGAGACCGUCGCAAGCAAUACACUCCCGGAGCUGGACAAGCAGGUGGCCAUGUCAUGCUUGGCAGCUGUUGUUCGCUACCUAGAGCUGCUGUCUGAUGAGUCCAACUUCAACUCGUUCAGUCUGACCCCGCUGGAGCUGGGCCAGUACAUGAGGCUGGACAACGCUGCCAUCCACGCCCUCAGCCUCUUCCAGGGUUCGCCCGACGACACCAGUGGCGCUCACUCAUUGGCCGGGUUGCUGAAUAAGUGCCGCACCCCCCAGGGCCAGCGAUUGGUCAACCAGUGGAUCAAGCAGCCACUCAUGGACAAGAAGAGGAUAGAGGAGAGACUGGACCUGGUGGAGAGUUUUGUGUGUGAUGCAGAGCUCAGGCAGACCUGCCAGAAUGAUCUGCUCCGGCGUUUCCCUGACCUCCACCGACUGGCCAAGAAGUUCCACCGCCACUCUGCUACGCUGCAGGACUGUUACCGCGGUUACCAAGCUGUCAACCAGAUCUCUGCCCUGCUAUUGGCCCUGGAGCGCUACUCUGGAAGUCACCAGGUGCUGCUGGAGGCCGUCUUCCUGUCCCCGCUCCGAGACCUGGAGGCAGACUUCACCAAGUACCAGGAGAUGGUUGAGACCACGCUGGACAUGGACCAGGUGGACAACCAUGAGUUUCUGGUGAAAGCGUCGUUUGACCCAGUGCUGAGUGAACUGAGGGAGACCAUGGACACCUUGGAGAAGAGCAUGCAGGCUGUCCUGUCCAGCGCAGCCAGAGACCUGGGUUUAGAUUCAGGGAAGACUGUGAAGCUGGAGAGUAGCUCCGUGCUGGGGUUCUACCUGAGGGUCACCUGCAAAGAGGAGAAGACUCUGAGGAACAACAAGAAGUUCACCACUCUGGACGUCCAGAAGAACGGAGUUCGGUUCACCAACAGUAAGCUGAGCAGCUUGAACGAGGAAUACACCAAGAACAGACAGGAGUACGAGGAGGCUCAGAAUGCCAUCGUCAAAGAGAUCAUCAGCAUCGCCUCAGGUUACGUGGACCCCCUGCAGGGUCUGAGUGAUGUCAUAGCCCUGCUGGACGGCGUGGUGAGCUUCGCCGCGGCGUCCGUGUCCGCCCCGGUGCCCUACGUGCGUCCCCACCUCGUGGAGGGCGCGAGCAGGCUGGUGCUGCAGCAGGCCAGACACCCCUGCAUGGAGAGCGACGUGGACACAGCCUUCAUACCCAACGACAUCACCUUCGUCAGGGGGGAGAAGAGCUUCUACAUCAUCACAGGGCCAAAUAUGGGUGGUAAGUCUACGUUCAUCCGCCAAGUGGGCGUCAUUGCCCUGAUGGCCCAGAUUGGCUGCUUCGUGCCAUGUGACAAGGCGGAGCUGAGUGUGAUAGACGGCGUGCUGGCCCGCGUGGGCGCAGGGGACAGCCAGGUGAAAGGAGUGUCAACCUUCAUGGCUGAGAUGCUGGAAACGGCCGCCAUCCUCCGUUCGGCCACGGAGAACUCGUUGAUCAUAAUUGAUGAGCUGGGUCGAGGCACAUCUACGUACGACGGCUUCGGUCUGGCCUGGGCCAUCAGUGAACACAUAACAUCCAAGAUCGGCUGCUUCUGCCUGUUUGCCACUCACUUCCACGAGCUGACGGCGCUAGCUACGCACCAUCCCACCGUACACAACCUGCAUGUGACUGCUCUCACUUCCCAAGACACACUCACCAUGCUGUACCGGGUCAAACCAGGUGUGUGCGAUCAAAGUUUUGGGAUUCACGUGGCCGAGAUGGCAAACUUUCCUGCUGCCGUGGUUGCCAUGGCGAAGGAGAAGGCUGCAGAGCUGGAGGAGUUCCAGGAGCCAGCAGGCGGCGAGGGGGAGGAGCCUGAUGCCAAGAGACGCCGCGUAGAAAAACAGGAGGGCGAGGGCCUGAUCCAGGACUUCCUGGUCAAGGUCAAGUCCCUGCCCGCCGCCACCAUGACGGAGGAUGAGGUGAAGGCCCAGCUGAAGAAGAUGAAGGCAGAGCUUGUUGCCCAUAACAACAGCUACAUCACAGAGCUCCUGGGCUCCAGGAGCUAGGAGCUGUCCUCCAUCCUGUCCCAGCAAGGUGGGCUGGAUGAGUGUGCAGGGUCUGGAGAUGUUUAUAUACAGAUUUCCGUUUUUUGUUCUUUAGUUUUACCGUUGUAAGUCUCUUCAAUAAAAUUGAAAUAGAUGUCUUGGAUUGUGUUUCAAGCAAAAA